CCGGACGCAGGUGCCGGCCGGAGCGGAGCAGAGCGGCGCUGACGGGACGGGACGGGCCGGGCCGGGAAAGGGGCCAGGGCGAGCAGAGGGUCCUGCGCGGCCGCCCGGCCCGGCCGUGGAGCAGGCUCCUGGGACCAUGGACCUAGGGCCCUGAGGACGUGGGCUCCCUGUGGCAAUGACGACGGGGGACUGCUGCCACCUCCCCGGCUCCCUGUGCGACUGCUCCAGCAGCCCUGCCUUCUCCAAGGUCGUGGAGUCCACGGGUCUCGGGCCACCCCAGUACGUGGCACAGGUGACGUCAAGGGAUGGCCGGCUCCUCUCUACCGUCAUCCGGGCUUUGGACAUGCCGAGCGAUGGUCCCUUCUGCCGGAUCUGCCAUGAGGGAGCCAAUGGGGAGAGCUUGCUGUCUCCGUGCGGCUGCACCGGCACGCUGGGCGCCGUGCACAAGAGCUGCCUGGAGAGGUGGCUGUCCUCGUCCAACACCAGCUACUGUGAACUAUGCCACACGGAGUUUGUGGUGGAGAAACGGCCGCGGCCCCUCACCGAGUGGCUGAAGGACCCAGGUCCCCGGACGGAGAAGCGAACUUUGUGUUGUGACAUGGUGUGUUUCCUGUUCAUCACGCCGCUGGCUGCCAUCUCGGGCUGGCUGUGCCUGCGGGGGGCUCAGGACCACCUACGGCUUCACAGCCGGCUGGAGGCUGUGGGGCUCAUCGCCCUCACCAUUGCCCUCUUCACCAUCUACGUUCUCUGGACUCUGGUCUCCUUCCGCUACCAUUGCCAGCUGUACUCCGAGUGGAGAAGGACCAAUCAGAAAGUCCGCCUGAGGCUCCAUGACGCAGAGGGCCUGGAGGGUCAGCACUCCCCGCUCUCCGCUGGGCUCCUGAAGAAGGUGGCUGCCGAGACUCCUGUGUGA